ACAUUCUCACGAAAUGAUUAGUUUGAUUGAACCAUGCAAGGAACAGGAAAAUUUUGCGUUUUCAUAGCUGCUUUUAUUUUCAUCUGUCCAAUCUGUCAUUGCCUACUCGAUACUGUGACGGGACUACUCGGUGGGUCCAAUAACAAUGGAAACACUGAUAAUGAGAAUGUGGAGAAGAAUACUGGGGGAUCUACCGCAAGCACUGCUUGCUCCCCACCCGAAGGAUACACUGACAAUAUCGAUGGCUUCUCUUAUAGAGAUUAUGGCGAAACCCUUAACUAUUGGAAAGCCAUGAGUACAUGCCACAAAAACAGGGCCAGAUUACCCUUAUUUAAGGGAGAGGCAAUGUAUAACACCAUCAAAGGGAUUCUCCGCAACCUCUCCUAUACGGUUGGACUUCUUGCCAAUGUGAACGAAACGAGGGCUCAGGCCAUCCCUGCCAAUGAAGCUUUGCGGUUUUUGAAAUGGAAUGAUGGGACGACCCCCCUAGAUCUCCAAUUUAUGACGGAGACAAUCAUUUUUGAUGAGGGAGAAAUGUGCAUGACCAUAUUCAAAGACAAGCACCUCUCUGAUACUCCUUGUCGAAAUCGCACCCACACAUUUUGUCAAUUUCCAUGCGCCGAUGAAGUUCAUGUGCCCGAGACAUGUUCCAAUGGAGUUGAAGUGCCGGCCGGAUUUACUCCUGUCUUGAACAAUUUCUACAAACGGGUUGACCCCAUGAAUUACACCAGUUUGGAUUCUACUUGUCGGAGCCAGGGUGCCCGCGUUGCGACCAUCAGAAACCAGUUCGAGGCCAUUAGCUUGGCCGUUUUCAGUGCUGAGGCCAAUGUAGAAUCCUUUUUCAUCGGCCUCACCAAUCCAUCAGCCAUUACUUGUAAUAAUGUGAAAGACAAGAAGUGUCCCCGUUUUCUUCGUUGGAGUCAUUGGGAUGCUCCUUUCAUCUCAGAGGUUAACUUCCCCAUCCAAAGCCUAAAAACCAAUGAAAAAGCAUACCUUGUCAUGACUGAUAUGUUUCAAAUUUCUGGAGUAGAUGAUAACGAAAUCAGUCCCGGGAUAUGUCAUUUCAAUUGUGUUGCUAUUACCACGUGUGAACUUCGUUUACUGCCGAAUACCACACCCAUGCCUUGGAUGAGCCCUUCGAAAAACAUUCUUCAACAUGAUUCAGUCACGCUUACCUGCGUUUGGUUUCGGUUGGCAAACCAAAACUCCAUGUAAAAAAGUGGUUCAUCACUAAUCAACGGUAAAGCUCUUUUUCUUUUAUGAGGACCGGUUUUCAGAGGCAUAAUAUUCUCUCUCAUGCACGCAAAGGAAACUAAACGACAUGGAUAGAAACUUUAUUUCAGGGCUUUGUAUUCACGAGUGGCUGGAAAGCAAAUUUCCUGGUCACUCAAUACGAUAAAGAACAGUACCACACCUCAGAUUUGGGUUUGUGCGGUUUUAAGGCACAAUCAUACCUUGAAAACCAGUUUUCGUAAAAGAAACUGGGUAUUCAAUAGCCAAUGGCCUGUUUAUGCUGUUACCUCGGAGUUUGAAGCUGGGACGUUAACUGUUAUGAAAAUACACUGGCAAAAGUGCUAAGCAGAUGCUCACUCCGGGUAUCAUCCAAGCCUUAACUCAAACGCACCACCUUUUAAAAAACUUGCCUUUGGUAUCUCAUUACAUGUAGUUCAUUCAAGUUCAGAUUUCAAAAAGUUGAUAUGAUCAACACCUAAAACGCGUUCAAGGCGUCUUGACCAUAAGGACUUUCUUCAAACCUCACUUUUAUAAACUUCACGCAAAGAAUGCCCCCGCUAUUGAAUAAAUAGCUAUUACAAUAAUGAUGUCCCUUGCGGUUCAAGCUUUUCUUUGCUUUCCCUUUCUGUGGAUUUUCUGACCGCCUCUUGGAAUGAAAUCCCCAGCAGACAAGAGGUCAAUUGCCAACACCUGAGGCCAUGGCAACUUGGGAGAAGAUUCUUGCCUUGUUCACAUUACCUCUUGGUCCGCUCGGCGCUUUUGAUUGAAAUAUGUGCCUAGUCAUGGAGGUUGAAAAUGGCUUCUCUACGCGUAGCAAUACAAAUUUUUUACUACAAAAAUGAAAUAAAAACAUUGAAAA